AUCUUCUUCACUCUGCAACACCUCUCACUUUUACACACACCAUGGUUUCUCUCACAGCAACCAUUCUCAAAUCCUCACUCUUCUCACCAUUCACACAAUCCACAACCCACGGGUUCCCCACCAACCCGAUUACCCGACGACGACACGUCACUCUCCCCAUAACCGCCAACGUGUCUCGCAAACCGCAAAACAUGAUCCCCAAAAACCCGCCGGCGCGCCAAAACCUCUACCAACCCUUCCGCCCGCCGUCCUCCCCCGUCCCGCCGCAAUUCCGCUCCCUCGACUCCGCCGGAAAAAUCGAGAUCCUCGCCGGACGACUGGCCCUCUGGUUCGAGUACGCCCCCCUCAUCUCCUCCCUCUACGCCGAAGGCCUCACCCCUCCCAACAUCGAGGAGCUCACCGGAAUCUCCAGCAUCGAGCAGAACCGCCUCAUCGUCGGCACUCAGGUCCGCGACUCGAUCUCCCAGUCACUCCACGAGCCGGAGCUCAUCGCGGCGUUCGACACCGGCGGCGCCGAGCUUCUCUACGAGAUCCGCCUCCUCAGCACCACGCAGCGAGUCGCCGCCGCGACGUACAUAAUCGAUCGGGGCUUCGACUCGAAACGCGCGCAGGACCUGGCGCGUGCGAUCAAGGAUUACCCCAGCCGGCGCGGGGACGUCGGCUGGUUGGAUUUCGAUUACAAUCUCCCCGGAGAUUGUCUCGCGUUCUUGUAUUAUAGGCAGAGCAGAGAGAACAAGAACCCCUCGGAGCAGAGGACGUCGAUGCUCCAGCUGGCGUUGGAGGCGGCUGAGUCUGAGAAGGCGAAGAAGAAGCUGGAAAGAGAGUUGAACGGAGGGGAGGAAGAGGAGAAGGUGAAGGUAGAGGAAGUUAAAGCGGUUACGAUUCCGGUUGUGAGAUUAAAGUUCGGUGAGGUGGCGGGAGCGAGCUCUGUGGUUGUUUUACCUGUUUGCAAAGCGGAGGAAGGUGAGAGGAACGUUGUCGAAGCUCCGAUGGACAUUAACGCGGGAGGGGACUUCAAGGUUGUUGAGGCGGAGAGAGGGUGGAAGAGAUGGGUGGUUCUUCCGUCGUGGAAGCCGGUGGCGGCGAUCGGGAGAGGCGGGGUUGCGGUUUCUUUCAGGGAUGAUAGGAAGGUGCUGCCUUGGGAUGGGAAGGAGGAGCCUUUGCUUGUGGUGGUGGAUAGGGAGAGGAGUGCGGUGGAGAGUGGUGAUGGGUACUAUCUUGUGGCGGAGGAGAAUGGGCUGAAGCUGAAGAAAGGAUCGGUGUUGAAGGAAGGGAGUGUGGAGAAGAGUUUGGGAGUGGUUCUUUUGGUGGUGAGGCCGCCUAGGGAGGAUGAUGAUGAUUGGCAGAAUAGUCAUGAAAACUGGGAAUGAGUGUAGAAUCAAAUACCCAUGUUGUGUAAUAGAAUCAUUUGAGGCAUGAUAUGUAUAAUUUUUGGGCAAAGGUUGGAACUUUUUGUUUUUAAGACACAAUCAGAAGGAAGAAACAGAGCAAAGAUUUUCUCCUUA